GUAGCGGCGGCUCCGGCGCUCCGCAACCUCCGUCUGCGGCCCCGGGGCCUGGCGGCCCCGGCCCCUGCCCGGCCCCCUCCCCCAACCCCAUGCCUCAGCACUAACCCCGCCGCCCUCCCCCGCGGGGGGCAUUUCCCCACGCCCCCUGCCCUCCCGUCCAAGUCAAGCGCCAUGAACGACCAGUACCACCGGGCAGCCCGGGACGGCUACCUGGAGCUCCUCAAAGAGGCCACCAGGAAGGAGCUGAACGCCCCCGACGAGGAUGGCAUGACUCCCACCCUCUGGGCUGCCUACCAUGGCAACCUGGAGUCGCUGCGUCUCAUCGUGAGCCGAGGGGGCGACCCAGACAAGUGUGACAUCUGGGGCAACACGCCCCUGCACCUGGCAGCCUCCAAUGGCCACCUGCACUGCCUCUCCUUCCUGGUGUCCUUCGGGGCCAACAUCUGGUGCCUGGACAACGACUACCACACGCCGCUGGACAUGGCCGCCAUGAAGGGCCACAUGGAGUGCGUGCGUUACCUGGACUCCAUCGCGGCCAAGCAGAGCAGCCUCAACCCCAAGCUGGUGGGCAAGCUCAAGGACAAGGCCUUCCGCGAGGCGGAGCGGCGCAUCCGCGAGUGCGCCAAGAUGCAGCGCAAGCACCACGAGCGCAUGGAGCGGCGCUACCGCCGGGAGCUGGCCGAGCGCGCGGACACGCUCAGCUUCUCCAGCCUCACGUCCAGCACCCUGAGCCGCCGGCUGCAGCACCUGGCGCUGGGCAGCCACCUGCCCUACUCGCAGGCCACGUUGCACGGCACCGCCAGGGGCAAGGCCAAGAUCCAGCGGAAGCUGGAGCGGCGCAAGCAGGGCGGCGAGGGCACCUUCAAGAUCUCCGAGGACGGCCGCAAGAGCGUGCGCUCGCUCUCGGGGCUGCAGCUGGGCAGCGACGUGAUGUUCGUGCGCCAGGGCCCCUACGCCAACCCCAAGGAGUGGGGCCGCUCCCCGCUCCGGGACAUGUUCCUCUCGGACGAGGACAGCGUCUCCCGUGCCACGCUGGCGGCCGAGCCGGCCCACUCGGAGGUCAGCACCGACUCUGGCCACGACUCCCUGUUUACGCGGCCCGGCCUGGGCACCAUGGUGUUCCGCAGGAACUACCUGAGCAGCGGGCUGCACGGGCUGGGCCGCGAGGACGCGGCGCUGGAUGGCGGGGGUGCGCCGAGAGGCCGGCUGCAGAGCUCCCCCAGCCUGGACGACGACAGCCUGGGCAGUGCCAACAGCCUGCAGGACCGCAGCUGCGGGGAGGAGCUGCCCUGGGACGAGCUGGACCUGGGCCUGGAUGAGGACCUGGAGCCCGAGACGAGCCCACUGGACACCUUCCUGGCCUCUCUGCACAUGGAGGACUUCGCCUCCCUCCUGCGGCAGGAGAAGAUCGACCUCGAGGCGCUGAUGCUGUGCUCCGACCUUGACCUCCGCAGCAUCAGCGUCCCCCUGGGGCCCCGCAAGAAGAUUCUGGGGGCCGUGAGGAGGAGGAGGCAGGCGCUGGAACGCCCACCUGCUCUGGAGGACACAGAGCUAUAACAGGGGGCUCCUCUCUCCAGACCAAAAUGAAUCGCAAGUUGCCACAACCCACCGUGAGGCCACGAGGUCCUCACAGUUGCCAGCCCUGAAGCCCCCCGGCCCCUCCCCAGGAGCAAAGACCGUGUGGGUCAUCUCCCUUGAAAGCCUGUCCACACUCCACAACGGAGGUAUAGCUUGGAGGUACCAGCAAGGGGUCUGGGAGCCCUCGAGCCACUUCCAUCGGAAUGGCCCUAAAGGACAUGUGGAUUCCUGGGAGGCCAGCCCCAGAGGAAGGGCAGGGAACCCCCGGGGCCCCAGGGAAUAGAUGACCCGCCCAUUAGAGCUGCACAGGAGUGUGUGUGUGGAGGGGGCGUGGCCUGUCCCAGGGGCCACUGUCUCUCCCCACCCCUCCUCCGAGGGUCCUGUCCUGCUCAGGCUGGAGACUUGCUCACUUCUUACAUUUUUGUGAAGGGAAGAGUUUGGGCUGGUUCCCUCCCCUCCCCCCACACACUGAGGAGAGGAGGUUCCUGGCUAGACUCUUCAGCCAAAUGCCCUGACUCUGGUCCCUACCCCUGCCCCAAGCCCGGCCAGCCCCCUACUCUCCUUCACCUACUGGCUGUGCCCAGGAGCUGGAGCGCCAGGCUGGUGCGUGAAGUGGGGGUAACCGGUGCCCUCACCAGCUCCCCUGGUGGUGGGGCCUGGCCCCACUCUGCCCUCCUCAUCCUCCCCUCCAGGGACCCUAGAGGAUCAGGGCAAUAGAUGCAAGGUGCUAGAGCAACAAUCUGCAGUAUUAUGGCCCCUAGGCCUGGCGGCUGUGCCCUGGGCUGGAGGAAGGCAUCUGCCAGUGCCUCAGCUGGGUGUGUAGCCUAGUGUGGGGGAGUCCUGCGACACAGAAGAGCCAGGGGAUGUGGAUAAUCUAAGCUGCUGACUGCCCCAGGUCCCCAGGGCCCUGCGCAUGCGUGUCUGUGCGGGGGGGUCGGCUGGUGGGUUUCCCUCCAGGUCUGGAGGCGGCAGGGCAGCUGCGAGGUUCUGCACAGGUAGGAGGUCAGCAGGGGCUCAGCACGCGUGUCCCUGCCCUGUGAUGGCGGUGAGACCAGGGGAGAGGCCAGCCCCAGACGGUCCUCGGACAUGUGUCCUGAGGCGGGUGUCUUCAGUUUUCCAGUCAGACUGAGGUCACAGAGAUGGGAAAGUUACUCAGGGGCCCUCUCACCUGCUGUCAGCAGUGGACCCACAUCCCUGACCCUCAAGUUUAGGAAGCAGCUCCCACCGGGAGCACUGCCACAGCCCCCAUCUCUUUCCCGGGCCCCCUCGGCCAGGUCGGGAGAUGAGAGACCCCCCAGAGAAUGCCACAGGCCUCCCUCUGGUGCGCCUGUGUCUGUGCCUGGGAAGGGGGGAAAUGGUGCAGGUGGUUUCUGUUCCCACAGGGAGGGCUUGGGGGCCUGUCUCUGCCACCCUAAGCCCACGCCAGUCCUUUGCCCUGUUGUUGGGGCCUGGGCCUGGGGCCGCCCUCAAGUGCCGACUCUACUUUCUCAGAGCCCCAGGUGCUGCCUUUUCUCUUCUGUUCCCUGUCCGUGUGCCCCUCAACCUCCUCCCUGGUCUCCCAGUGGCGGGGUGGGCCAGGCUUGGGGAUUCCCGCCGCCGUACAAAGCACCCCUCCCGCAGGGUCAUUAUAACUUUUGUAGAGAAUGUUCCGUAUCAUUGUCA